AGUGAUAAUAAACCUGAUUCUGAUUCCGUUCAUCACCCCCUAGCUAAUCUCUCUCCCGGCACUUCAUUGGUCAUUGUAAGUUGUCCUGUGAUUAGGUUUUGGUUUGUGGGUGGUCACUGGAAUGGCGUGGCUUGAUUCGUCCACCCGCACUGUAUCACUAAAUAACGAAAAUAAUCAUCAGCAGGUACAGGUCGGGGAACCGCUUUCUCGCGCACCUUCACUCCGUCCGCAACAAGCAGGGUCUCCCGCUGGCCAUUCUGACAUGUCACUUCGCCACCAAGAUGGGGCCAUGCUGAGGUUGGAGGAGCAUCACCUCAUAUUCCAUCUGGGUAGCCUCUAACCUGAAAGCCCUGAGCAUCGAUUUCUCUAUUUUACACUAAUUUCUGUCCCCUCCCCCUUCUCUCUUCUUCCAUUCCUCACUCUGGCUCUUUUCUCACCUGUUCUCUACUCCUUCCCUCCCUGUCACCUCGCUCUGGUGUCCCUUUAUACCACGGUCCACUCUCCUCUCUCCAAUCAGCCCUUCACCUUUCCCACCAGACACCUCCGAGCUUCUUCCUUCGUUCCCCCUCCCCACCUUCUAGCUUGUGCUCCUUCCCCUCCCCCUACCUUCCUAUUCCGGCUGCUUCCCCCUACCUUUCCAGUCCUGGUGAAGGGUCUUGGCCAGAAACACUGACUGUUUAUUCAGCCCCUGCCAUGCUGAGUUCCUCCAGCAUUUUGUGUGUUGUACACCAGUGGAGCAGGGGGUGUUGAUUGUCGUUGUCCCGUCGUGGGCCGUGCGUAACUUUCCCUUUGUCUCCGCGGCAACAGAAGAAGGUGUUGAGAAGCAGAGGGUGCUGCAGGUGGCGGAGUGCUGUCGCAAUAUCCUGAAGGAUGUCAACCAGGAAGUGCGGGACAUGGAGAACUUGCGGCGCCUGAACGAUUACCAGCGUCGACUUGAUAUCACAAACUUAAGACAAAGUACUGAUCCUUUUGUGGUUGAACUUGUCAAGAACCUGGAUCUCACGCAGAAACGGAUGGACCAUGAAGGGCCACUGGUCUGGAGGUUGACUAAGGAGAAGGCAAUUGACGUGCACGUGUUGCUGCUGGACGACAGCCUGGUGCUGAUGCAGAAGGUGGACGACCGGAUGGUUCUCAAGUGCCACAGCAAGAAUUCGAGCAGUACCGCCGAGGGAAAGCAGCUUCUGUGUCCCAUCGUCAAGCUGGGCAGCGUGCUGGCCCGCGACGUGGCCACAGACCGUAAGGCCUUCUUCAUCCUCUUCCAUACGUGGACGGGCCCCCAGAUUUAUGAGCUGGUCGCAUCGACUGUGUCUGAGAGGCGCAGCUGGUGUGACAAAAUACAGAGCACGCAAGCAGCCCUGAGUCUCGCAAAGCCAUCAAUGGCAGGCCGAAACAGCCUGGUACCACCUCCGGGAAAUGCCCCCCUCAGUCCCACGGAGCCAAUGAUGAGCUCGGAGAAUGGUUUCUCGACCCGCGAUCGGAUUGGUUCGGAGCUGACUGGGAAGCUGAGCGACGGUUUGCUCCAGGACGGAGGCGCGGGAGAGCCGGGGGCGGAUGAGCGGCCCGCCUCCGAGGCUCUCGCCCAGCUCUUGACUGACCAGCUCAAGGCCAACAACAUUGACCUGUCCAGACUGGCCUCAGGACCUUCAGAGCGGUGGGCAGAUGAGGCAUUGGAGGAUGUGCACAGGUUGAAGUGGGAGCUGUGCUCCAGCAAGAGGACCGCCCCGGGGGAAGGCUUGGCCAGCGGUGCGGAGCAAAGCGAGGGGGCCCCGGCGGACCCCGGAGAACCCGGCGGACAGGCAGAGGACGGAGAGGAGACGCCGGAGGGGACCGGAGAUGGGGAGGAGCAGGAGAACUGGGAAGCCGAGGACGGGUCAGCUAAGCCCCCUGCUGCCGAUGGAGUCGGGGGCCCGGCGCCGGGCGGUAACGAUCCCGAAUCGUGCAGCGCCCCCGUUGCACUCUCACAGGAUCAGGUGGAGAAAGUAGAGCGGAAGAUGAACAGCCUCGUGGUCAAGCUGCAGCGCCUGAAGGCGGUGGAGGAGGAGUAUCUGCGGAUGAAGCAGGUGCUGGUUACCCUGACGAUGGCACAGGGGAAUUCCCUAGGCAACUGCCGGAUGGUGUCUGGUGAGAGGUGGUGAACCCCAGACGCUGACUCCCUGACUCCACUUCUCCCCCACCUGAUCCAAGCGUUGUCCUCUCUCCUCACAAGUGGGUAGGCAAGGGCACCUGCCUCUCUUGGACUCACUUGUCAUUGGGUAGAAGACUUACACUCACUUCGGACAACCCCCUCCAUUGCCGAGAUGUCCACCAAAGGCUUUCUAAGUUGUCGCCUCUCGACGCGCCUGCUUACUACCGUUGGGAUCCAGGAGCGGGUGGUAGGCGAGAGGCCCGAGGUGCAGCGGGAAGGCAAGGCACUGCGUUUCACUGGACUCCCCGACUCUGCUCUCAGCCUAUUCCUCGCCUCCCCUACUCCCCCGCCGGAAUCUUGCUGUGCUUUAGGUGGAGAUAAGUGUCGAAGCAGCCCCUCGUAUGUCGAGUUUGCCAGUGGGAAACUGCCCCCCCCCCCACUCAAUCACUGCCUCUCCGCCCCGAUUUUUCAAGCUGAGUAUUUCCAAUGUCAACCGUUACUCGCAACCCCCAUCUCCCACCUCUCGCUCCUGAAUCCGGGGUUCAAGGCAUACUUUGGAGUCUUGUCCUGGCACCUGGCAUAGCAGGUUUCAUUCCAUGGAAGAGGCAGCGAAGGGAGUGCGGGGCAGUCAGUGAGGAGAGAGCGUCGGGGGAGGAGGAGUCACCGGGGGUUGGGGUGGCAUCAAUGAGGGAGCUUUGCACUGCGGGGGUGGGGAGGGAUGGCGGUGGGGGAGCACCAGUCUGUGGGAGGGUUGGGAAGGAGGGAGUGCGGAGCUCCACUCUGCAGAUGGGCAGCAAGGUCGGGGGGGGGUGGGUUCCCAAGAGGAGGGAGCGCCCCACCUACCGCCUAUUAACUCUCGCCUUAUCAGUCACCCCACCUCCCUCUCGCAAGAAUAGGAAUUCUUCUCCCAACGUCACCCAAAUUGUGGCCCCCUCCUACAACUCUGUCUACUGAGUCCCUAACCCUUCCUCCCUCCAGAUUCCAAGCCAUCCGCCUCCCCGGGCUGUGUGACUCAGCCCCAAGAGAUCUGCCCAACACCAGCCCCUCCAUCAGUGCCAUCUGAAUUCAGCUACUUCCGAAAUCUGAGAUCUCAACUGGGCGGGACGUUUCGGGGGCUUGGGGAGACUUUUGAGGACAGGGAAGGGGAGCUCAACAGGAGUCGGGGUUGGGGGGGUGUUUGCAGCUGGGUCGAAAUGUCUCCCAGGCAAAUGGGGGCAUGUCCAUCCCAGGAGAUUUUGGAUCUUAAGGAGGCCUUUGGUUUCUUCAGAUCAUUGCCUUGUAAUAUUGCAUGCUGUUCCAUCUGUACUCAAGUGCCUUUCCUGCACUAAACUUUGUACUGGGAUAUGUUUUUGUUCCUAGUUGUUAUUUUAUUAUUAUAUUGAUAUGUCUAAGAAGUUAUUCAGUUUAUUUCUGAGCUCACGCAACGGCCAUUGUCGAGCUGGUCAAGGGAUUUCCUUCUCGUUUGUUGCUUGUCUGGGGCAGGAGAGGGGUUGGAUCACAGAGGAGGUGCAGGAGAUACUUCAUCUCCCUCCCUCUGCGCCUGCACAGAAACCCCUACCCCUCCCUCCCCUCUGUUCCCUGACUUAUCCCAGCCUAUGCCAUUGUACACUGGGUCACUCCCCUCCCUCACUACCCCCCCUCCCCGAGGACUGCCCUUCCAUCCACUACUCCGCCCCACCCGUGUGUGUCUUGGUGUACGAGUGUGCAGAUGUGUGUGUGUGUUCAAGCAUGAGUGUAUGGGUGUGUUUUUGGGCAUGAGAGUGUGUAUGGGAUUCGUGCAAGAGUGUGCUUGUGAGUUUGAGUUAGUGUGCACAAGUCUAUAAGUUUCUGUGUGGGGUGUGUGUGUGAAUACAUCAGUGAUUCUGUGUACAUGUGUGUUAUGAAUGUGUGCGUGCAUGUGAGUGUGCAUUUGGUGUUUGAGUGUGUUGCUGUGAUUGGCUCUAUGUAUGCCUGGUCUUUAUGUCUCUGUGUGUCUGUACGUGUAUGUGUGCAUGCAUGUCUGUAUUUGUGCAUGGAUGUCUGGGUUCAUGUGUUUCUUCUGGUGUGGGUGUGUGUGUGUGUGCACUCAUAAUCGGGCAAGUUGUGUCUCAGCCUACACAUGCUACACAAUUCACCAUGUGUUCCCUCUCAGGGAAGUAAUAACGUGCAGUCCCCCCCUCGAGCCUGCCUGCGUCCCCACACCCUCACCUGUCACCACGGAGCAGAAAGGUUUUUAUAUAUUCAGGAAAAUACUAUGUUUUAAAAUUUUUGACUUUGCUUUGUCUGCCGUUGUUAGCACUUCUCCCAAAACAGGCAGGAUCACUGUACAUGCUACAGGCCCCUCUCACUCGCACACUCACACUCUCACUCACACUCUCACACUCACACUCACACUCACACACUCACACUCUCACUCACACUCUCUCACACACACACACACACACACACACACACACACACACACACACACACACACACACA